CGGCCCGGCUGGGCGAGCAGUAACAGCAGCCGGAGCUGUCUCCAGCGCCCAGCGGCCGACCCCGCGCGGAAGAGUGAGCUCCCGGCUGGAGGAAUAGACGGACAGGCGGACGGACAGACUGACGGUCGGACAGCCGGCCCGGCCGUGCCCGAUGAGGAAACUGAGGCCCAACCGAGUUAUGAAAUCUUUGUCCGGGGCCACACAGCCCGAGCUGCUUCAGCCACCCAGCCAUGGCUUUGUGCCUGAAACAGGUGUUCAACAAGGACAAGACGUUCCGGCCCCGGAAGCGCUUUGAGCCAGGAACCGAACGCUUUGAGCUCUACAAGAAGGCGCAGGCCUCGCUGAAGUCGGGCCUGGACCUGCGGGCCGUGGUGCGCUUGCCGCCUGGGGAGAGCAUCAAUGACUGGCUGGCCGUGCACGUGGUGGACUUCUUCAACCGCAUCAACCUCAUCUACGGGACGAUGGGAGAGUGCUGCACGGAGGCCAGCUGCCCUGUGAUGUCGGGCGGCCCACGCUACGAGUACCGCUGGCAGGAUGAGCAUCAGUACCGCCGGCCGGCCAAACUGCCCGCACCCCGCUACAUGGCGCUGCUCAUGGACUGGAUCGAGGGGCUCAUCAACAAUGAAGACGUCUUCCCCACCCAAGUGGGGGUCCCCUUUCCCAAGAACUUCCAGCAAGUGUGCACCAAGAUCCUGACCCGCCUUUUCCGUGUCUUUGUCCACGUCUACAUCCACCAUUUUGAUGGCAUCAUCGCCAUGGGUGCUGAGGCCCACGUCAACACCUGCUACAAGCAUUUCUACUACUUCAUCCAGGAGUUCAGCCUCGUGGACCACCGGGAGCUAGAGCCACUGAGAGAGAUGACAGAGAGGAUCUGUCAUUGAGCCCCCAGCCACUUUGGGGAAGAUGCUGACCUUUGGCCUAGAGCUCCUGGGACCUUGGUGGGGAAAAGGUGACCGCUCCCAUGACUGUGGACAUGGAGGACCCACAGCACUCUCUUCCUCUGGUGCCCCUCCCUGAGGCCCUCCAAAUUCCAGUUUUCAUUUUCCAGAGUCUGCCCACAUUCUCUCCUGCUGGAAGGUGGUCGGGAAGGACCAGGAAGAAAGACAGACAGACAGAAAAGGGACAAGCUUCAGAAAUUGCUGCGAGGGAGGGGAUCAUGAAUCUGAAAUUUCCUUUGGGAGACCUUCCCCACCUUUACCCCAAUCCGGGCAAAUCCCCUGAGCCCUUCAGGGAGGUAGCUGAUGUAGAGGUAUAAUUACAACCAACAAUUCUUAGGAAGUGUAGGGGCCAGAGCCAGGAGGGUUGUGUGUGAUGCUGUGAGAUCACCUGCCUUCAAGGGGCUGUCAGUGAAGUCCAGAAGCAUUUAUUAAGGGCCUUCUGUGUGCCAGGCCCUGAGCUGAGGGCUGUGUGUCUGACUGACUGGCUCUUGUGCCUAGCUCUAUGUGUAGAUGUGGCUCCUGCCCUUUGUGUAUGUGUGUGGUUGUGUAUUCCUGUGUGACUCCCUGGCUUCAUGUGUCAGAGCUGAGGGCCUCGUGCCUCGUACAGAAGCAGCAGUAAGUGGGGAGGGGGGUGUCUGUGCCAUUAUUCCUUCCCCCAGGGAAGACCUGUAGGACCAAGGAUUAAGAGGUGGCUCCCUGAACAGUUGGGACCCUGGUCCUGGCUGCCCUGAAGGCCCCCUACCCAACUCUGGUUCACAGCCUGAGGCUUUCCUAGGAGAGAUCAUCUCAUCCAGCCCUCACUGCGCCUGUGUUGGGAGGGAGGGGGCAGUGUGGAGGGCCCGGCUGCUCUCAGAGGCCCCCUGUCCCUCCCCACCUCAAGAAGUCAUUUUCAGGGGAUUGACCACAAGCCCAGCAACCAAGCAGGCCUUGCUUGCGUCCAGCCAAGCUCUCCUGCGCUGUAUAGUCUGAGCUGCCGCUGCUGUGUCUUUGGCCCAGAUAGAAGCCAUCAGCUGAGAGCCCUUGCAAAGACAUCUUUGGGCAAAGCCAGUCUGGGCUCCUGAGGCCAAUGUUAGGCUGUCAGGGCACCACAGAAAAAGCUAUUUGGAUUGAAGAGACCAUUCUUAGAUUCUUGCCCACAGCUAGAGCAGAUCCAGCCCUUUGGUCAAGCCCUUCGGGGAAAACCACUUUUCAGGAUUUUUCACUGCUUAAAGCUAGAGUUACCAGUUAGAGAAACAUGAAGGAGUGUGUGUCCAAGUCAGAUCCCUCCUUCUCAUGCUGUGCAUCCAUGCACACCCAUCCUUCACACACUCAUUGAAGACCCAGUGGGGUUGGAGGUGGAGAGAGAGUGAAUGGGAGAGAGCCGAGGCCUGCUGGGGAUGCCUGCUGACCUCUCUCCUUGGCCUUCCCAAUCACCACCCUGAUUAGAUGCCACUGAGUUCUGCCCACUUAUUCAGCCAAUCAUUACUGAAUCUUCCCCUCAACUCUGAGCCAGGCCUAGCCAGGGGGAAGAUGUGAGAAGGAGCAGAGCUAGUCCCUGCCCUCAGGGAGCUUGCGGUCUUAGCUUCUCAGAAUGCAGGAUCUCAGCAGAGCCUCUACCUGCCCACCUUGUAAACUCUGAUGGAAGCUUUGCUGGGACCAGAGCCAACCAGACUAAACUAAGAGGGUUGGGGGAGACCCCCAUGCCCUGAGACCUGAGCCUAAUUGACUUCUGCCAUUCCUAGGGACUAUUCACUCUGAAGAUGAGGAAGGAAGCAGACAGGGGGGAGAGGGGUAUGGUCUGAGCCCAGAGGGGAUUCCAGGAAGCCUUGGCUUCUGAGGGGGGGCCCACCCCACCCCUCCACCCAGCGGCUAAUCAGAGUAAUUGGAAUCACCCUUUGCUGGGAUCACUGCUGAUCCAUAGGGAAGGGGAAAUUAUUUUUCUUAAGUGAAGGAAAAGAGUGUAUUGUUUUUAUUUUUAAAGAGAAAAAUAAAGAAGAAAG